CGUUUAUCAGCACUUUUAGAAAUUGCCAUAUAAUUUCUUUUGUUUUUACAUCUUGCAAACAGUUACUUAAAUAAGAUAUAAUAAUUUUAAAAUUGAUCUGAUUCAAAAUAUUUAAAGUGAAACAUUUGACUGAAUAUUGAAGUAGAAAAUUUAAUCAAUUAUAAUGGAUGUUAACGGGGAUAACUUUGAUUCUCAACAACAGCAACAAAAUGAUCAACAAAUGCAAUGCGAUUCUUCAUAUACGUCCAUGAACACAUUCGAAACUACGCAUUACGGUCCGCACAUGCCGCUUGAAUUACCAAUGCAAACAGCAAUUCCACUUCCUGCUCCUCCAGCGCCAUUGGCAAUAACUAAAGCGCAUCAAGCACCUACAGCAAAUAAUUCAACAGAUAUUGACUCACUGUUAUUACAACAGUUUAGUUGUCUCGGCACAACAGAUCAUGAAGAACUUAUAAGACAAUUUCAAAGUUUAAUGAAUAAUCAAAUGAACGAAGACUCUGCUAGAUUUUUCCUUGAAAUGAGUAAUUGGAAUUUGCAAACAGCAGUAGGUUGUUACUUAGACUUCUGCAAUUUUCAAAUAAUUCCAUCGGUAAAAAUUCUUCAAAAAGGUAAUCCUUACUAUGUGCAGCAGACCUGGCAAAUACAAAAUGAUGGUACGGAAGCUUGGCCUAAAGGUUGCUAUAUCAUGUCUGCUAGUCAAUCAAAGCGUUUUGAACUGCCAAUCAUUAAGCCAGGUGAAACAUGUAAUUUAAUUGCAGAAUUUAAUGCAUCACAUCCACCAAUCAUGUGGCGUUUUUGUACACCAAAUGGAUGGUAUUUUGGAGAUGCUAUCUGGAUGAUUGGCCCAGGUAGUUGUGCACCAGAAGAACUAGCUGAACGCUUAUCGCAAUUAAGCACUUCCCCAAGCUCAAUGACUCCUGAAAACUUUCCACAAAUAAAUAUUGUGAUAUCUGUUAAUAUGGAUUGAGGCUAAAUAGUGUCGGUUUCACAGAUUUUCAUGUUUAUACUUAAAAUAAUACGAACGUUAUUUUAAUUUUUGUAAUGUCUGUUUUACAUUAUAAUCUAUACAUUAGUUAUUUGAAAUUUUUUCUUUGGUUAAGUUAAAAAGUUUAACAAAUAAUUAUUUUAAGUACAUAUAUAAACUAUAUAUACAUGUAUAUGUCUAUUAGGUGUAAGCGAAAUUCUGUAGAUUUUACGGCUUAUUAAAAAUUUUAACCAAAUUGUUAAAGAGAAAAAUAUAAGUGCUUUUAAUUGUUACAUAAAUAAAAACUUUUGAAUAAUUAUUAUUUGGAAAUAAAAAUUAAAUAUAUGU